GACCAAAAUAAUUUGAGUGGAAGCUGCUGCCGCUGCUGUGCUGUUUAAUACGAAGAGAGCGAGCAAAUCUUGGAUUGGCUGUAAAUAAAGGUGAAGAUUAAGGAGGGGGCAAGGGGUGAUAUAUUAAUAUAUGAGGCAGGUUUGGAUGCCUCCCUUCACCGUUGCUUCCUCAGCUCGCUGCUUCAGCCGGCUUCGUCUCGGUCUCAGAUCGUCACCCCUCUCGCCCCUUCCGACAAAUCUUUCGCUUUGACAAGGUGUUUUUUCUUCUUCCUCUUGUUCUCCUCUUGUUCUCUACCAGGGUUUGCUUGUCUCCGCCCCAUUGGAGUCUGGAGAUCAAGGGGAGGAGAAGAGUGGAUUGCUGUUGGCAGUGGCAUUUUGGCCUUGUGAUGGAGUUUGGGGGACGUGGAGCAGCUUUUGGGUCGUCAUUCUUGUGAUACUGGUUUACGGGAUGCAGUGGUAGGGGCUUGGGAACGGUAACCAGCGGAGGUGCGGAGCGUGUCGUGUUCAUGCCGGAGCUCCAGUGAAUUAGCGGCUACGGUGUAGGGAGGAGUGGGAAAAGGAUAGAUUUUUGUGAACAAUUGCGCUGGUUUGCUACCGCUUUCCCUCUACUGCUUUUUUGAUUCACUGUGAGGGGCGAUGGAUUCUGGAUCUUCUUAAUUCGGCGCAGAGAUGGAAUCUGGCAAUGGCUUCUUUCCUCUCGAGGAGUGCUGCCUAGAUCCCAAGUGGCUCAUCGAUCCCAAGUUGCUCUUCGUCGGUCCCAAGAUUGGCGAAGGCGCUCAUGCUAAGGUUUACGAGGGAAAGUACAAGAACCAAAAUGUUGCUGUCAAGGUCAUGCAAAAAGGGGACAACCCCGAGGAGGUGGCUAAAAGGGAGGGAAGGUUCAUGAGGGAGGUGACGAUGCUCGCCCGUGUUCAGCACAAGAACCUCGUUAAGUUUAUUGGAGCUUGCAAGGAGCCAGUGAUGGUGGUGGUAACCGAGCUUCUUCUUGGUGCAUCCCUGCGCAAGUACUUGAUAAGUAUGAGGCCAAGGAGCUUGGAGCGUCGCAUUGCAGUUGGCUUUGCACUGGAUAUAGCUCGAGCUAUGGAAUGCUUGCAUUCUCAUGGGAUCAUCCAUCGUGAUCUGAAGCCUGAGAACAUGCUAUUGACAGCAGAUCAGAGGACAGUAAAACUUGCUGAUCUUGGUUUGGCAAGAGAAGAAACAUUAACAGAGAUGAUGACUGCUGAAACAGGAACAUACCGUUGGAUGGCUCCUGAGUUAUACAGUACUGUAACAUUAAGACAUGGGGAAAAGAAACAUUACAAUCACAAGGUGGAUGUAUACAGCUUCGCAAUUGUGUUAUGGGAGCUUCUCCAUAAUCGGCUUCCUUUUGAAGGCAUGUCCAACCUGCAAGCAGCUUAUGCAGCUGCUUUCAAGAAUUCCAGGCCAAGUGCGGAUGACCUUCCAGAUGAAGUGGCGCUGAUCUUAACUUCUUGUUGGCAAGAGGAUCCCAAUUCACGCCCCAACUUUACCCAGAUAGUUCAGAUGCUUCUACAUUAUCUUUCCACUCUUUCACCACCUGAUCAAGUGAUCCCUCUGCGCGCCUUCAGUUCAGAGAAUGUGGUUUUACCACCUGAAUCUCCGGGUACAAGUUCAUUGAUGGCAGCUCGAGAUGAAGAAGGCAACACUACCAAGGGUGGCAGCGAGAGCAAAAGUUUUUUCUGCUUUGGACAGUGCUUUUAGCCACUUACUACAGAUAUGAAACCUUGAGGCCCUGCAAAUUAGUUUCGCAAAUGCUCAGACAUACGUCUGCUAACCCAUGUAUGGGAUGAAACAUGCUGUCACCUUGUUUAUAAGACAAAUAUCAUUUUAUUUCCACAGGUAGCUUAAGUUGCAUGCCAAAAUGCUGGUGGUGGAAUGGCUGAGAAAUCUUUUAUUUACUGAGCGUUCAGAAUUUUUGAGUCCGGUAAAUGUUCAGGAUAUCAGUUGAACUAUGUGAAAUCAUAUUUUAGACUCA